CAAUCUGGCGACGAUAUGCACAAGCACAACUACCCUAGCGACAUGGAAAAGUCCGACGAAUGGGAUGAGAUGCCCGAGGUACAAGCCAUCCGCCGUGAUGAUGGCUCCAAGUCAGUACACAGGAAACUUGGCGUUACAUGGAACAACCUCACAGUCAAGGGUGUUGGAGCCGAUGCCUUGUUCAACGAGAAUGUCGCUUCACAAUUUCUUCCCGGAAGACUCAAGGGUAGACGCAAGACCGACAAAGCAUCUCUCAGGACCAUCAUCGACCAGAGCUCCGGCUGUGUCAAACCGGGAGAGAUGCUGUUAGUCUUGGGACGACCUGGUGCUGGCUGCACAACUCUCCUCAAGCUCCUUGCCAAUCGACGCUCUGGAUUUGCUGAGAUUGAUGGCGAAGUCAACUAUGGAUCUCUCAAGCAUGACGAGGCAACCAAAUACCAAGGCCAAAUUGUCAUGAACACCGAAGACGAAAUCUUCUUUCCUUCUUUGACCGUUGGUCAAACAAUCGACUUUGCAACACGGAUGAAGGUGCCUGCCUCUGUCACCGCUGGCUUCUCAAGCAAGGAAGAAGCACGCCAAGCAUCAAGAGACUUCCUGCUCAAGCAGCUUGGUAUUUCUCAUACCAAGAAUACCAAGGUUGGCAACGAGUACAUUCGAGGAGUCUCUGGAGGCGAGAGAAAGCGUGUCAGCAUUAUUGAAACCAUGGCUACCCGUGGAAGUGUCUACUGCUGGGACAAUUCCACACGAGGUCUUGAUGCCAGUACAGCACUCCAAUACGUCAAGGCUGUUAGAUCCAUGUCUGACAUCUUUGGGCUCGCCUCGGUCAUUACCCUUUACCAAGCUGGCAAUGGAAUAUUUGAUCAAUUCGACAAAGUGCUCGUCCUUGAUGAGGGCAAGCAGCUGUACUAUGGCCCGGCCAAGAUGGCCAAGCAGUUUAUGGGAGACAUUGGCUUUUAUUGUCCAGACGGAGCAAACGUAGCUGACUACCUGACUGGUGUUACUGUACCUACCGAGCGACAGGCCCGCGAAGGCUUCGAAUCCAAGUUCCCAAGGAACGCUGACCAGAUUGUCGAACUAUACCAGGCAUCGACUAUCAGAGAGCAGAUGGAGAUCGAGUAUGACUAUCCUACCACAAGCGAGGCGAAACAACGAACUCUCGAGUUUCAACAAACUAUCGCGGACGAAAAGACUUCAGACAUCCUUACGAAAGGCGCACCUACUACGGUCGGCUUUGGAGCACAACUCAAAGCUGCGGUUCAACGACAGUUCCAAAUCAUCCGGGGCGACAUCAAUGUCCUCAUCAUCAAGCAAGUGUCCAAUCUCGUGCAAGCCCUCACGUCCGGCUCGCUUUUCUACAACGCACCUGACACUUCCACCGGUCUCUUCAUCAAAUCUGGAGCCCUGUUCGUAUCUCUACUCUUCAACGUCCUCCUCGCCCAAUCGGAAGUCACAGAUUCGUUCACUGGUCGUCCUGUCCUUGCGAAGCACAAGUCUUUUGCGCUUUACAACCCUAUCGCUUGGUGUUUGGCACAGAUCAUCACAGACAUGCCCAUCUUGUUGUUCCAGAUUUCCGCAUUCUCACUCGUCAUUUACUUCAUGACUGGACUCACCUACAGUGCCGGACACUUCUUCAUAUUCUGGUUCAUCAUCUUGAUAAGUACCAUGUGUAUGACUGCGAUGUUCCGAACCAUCGGAGCGGCAUUCAAAACUUUCGACGACGCAAGUAAAGUGGCAGGACUUGCUGUUAUGGCGACUUUGCUUUACAAUGGAUACAUGAUUCCCAAGACGGAAAUGCAUCCUUGGUUUGUUUGGCUUUACUGGAUUGAUCCUCUUGCUUACGCCUACAAUGCCCUGCUAUCGAAUGAAUUCAGCGGAAAGAUCAUUCCUUGCGUCGGGCCAAACCUUGUUCCUAACGGACCCGGAUAUGGCUCCAUGGAGAAUCAAGCGUGUACUGGUGUUCGUGGCGCUCCUGUCGGCGCAACGAGUGUUACAGGCGAUCAAUAUCUCGCUACCUUGAGCUACAGCCGUUCCGAUCUCUGGAGAAACGUCGGUAUCGUCAUUGUCUGGUGGGUGUUCUAUGUUGCUUUGACUUUCUUGUUCACUUCCAUGUGGAAGGAGACCAACGAACAAAAGGGUCUUCUUCUCGUCCCAUCCGAGCUCGCCAAGCACGCUCUUCCCGCGAUUCAGGACGAAGAGUCUCAACAGAACGAGAAGUCGACUCCUAUCUCAUCCAACGACUCGUCAACCGACAGAUCAGACGACAAACUUGAGGGAGAUCUCAUUCGCAAUACAUCUGUAUUCUCAUGGAAGAACCUGACAUAUACCGUCCAAACCUCUGACGGCCCUCGUGUCCUUCUGAACGGGGUACAUGGUUUUGUAAAACCAGGCAUGCUGGGUGCGCUGAUGGGAGCUUCCGGUGCUGGCAAAACUACUCUGUUGGAUGUUCUGGCCCAACGCAAGACUGAUGGAACCAUCCACGGCUCUGUACUGGUCGAUGGGCGUCCUCUGUCUAUCAGUUUCCAAAGAUCAACCGGUUACUGCGAGCAAUUGGAUGUGCACGAACCUCUCACCACUGUGAGAGAAGCGCUCGAGUUCUCUGCCCUCCUUCGCCAACCUCGCACCACGUCCAAAGAGGACAAGUUGAAGUAUGUUGACGUUAUUCUGGACCUUCUGGAGAUGCACGACAUUGCAGACUGUCUCGUCGGAACAUCUGGCGGCGCAGGUCUCUCAAUCGAACAACGCAAACGCCUGACUAUCGGUGUCGAACUCGUCGCCAAACCCAGCGUCCUUGUAUUCUUGGAUGAACCGACAUCUGGUCUCGACGGCCAAGCAGCCUUCAACACGGUUCGCUUCCUCAAGAAGCUUGCCGGAGCAGGACAAGCAAUCUUGGUCACCAUUCAUCAGCCCAGCUCUCAACUAUUCGCUCAAUUCGAUAACCUCUUGCUUCUCGCAAAAGGUGGCAACACGGCCUAUUUCGGCGAGAUUGGCGAGAACGCGUCAGUGAUUCGUGAGUACUUUGGUAAACACGGUGCACCUUGCCCCGAGGGGAAGAAUCCGGCCGAACACAUGAUCGAUGUUAUAUCCGACACUUCAAAGAACUGGAACGAGACCUGGCUCUCAUCACCCGAACAUGACGCCAUGCUUGCUGAACUUGACCGUCUGCAGGAUCCUGCCAACAGCACACCUAGAGAAGAUGAGACUGAAGGAUUGGAAUUCGCAAUGCCUCUUUGGGAACAAAUCAAGAUUGUUUCCGGCAGAGCUAAUACGACAAUGUAUCGCAAUGUUGACUACAUCAACAACAAAUUCGCCUUCCAUAUCCUUACUGGACUGUUUGCUGGCUUUUCUUUCUGGCAAGUGGGUAACAGCGUGUCGGACAUGCAGCAACGACUCUUUGCAGUCUUCAACGCUAUCUUCGUGGCUCCUGGUGUUAUCGCACAACUCCAACCCCUCUUUAUUGAAAAACGCGACAUUUACGAUGCCCGCGAGAAGAAGUCCAAGAUGUACUCAUGGAUCGCCUUUGUCACUUCCCUCAUCGUCUCUGAAUUUCCUUACUUGGUCAUCUGCGCUGUUCAGUUCUUCUUCUGUUACUACUAUACCGUAGGCUUCCCUGCUGCAGCUUCCUCGGCCGGAGCUGUGUUCUUCGUCUUCUUCCUGUACGAGUUCAUCUACACUGGCAUCGGACAAUUCAUCGCCGCGUACGCGCCCAAUGCUGUUGCAGCAGCUUUGGUCAACCCUCUGAUCAUCUUUACCCUGGUUGGAUUCUGUGGUGCUGUGGUGCCUUAUGGACAAAUUACCGAGUUCUGGAGAUAUUGGCUUUACUACAUGAACCCUUUCAACUACCUCGUCGGCUCCAUGCUAGUCUUCACGACCUGGGAUAUCCCCGUCACCUGCAAAACUUCCGAACUCGCAAUCUUCAACCCCCCUUCCUCGCAAACUUGUAUCGAGUACUUGACUCCCUAUCUCAAUGGUAUGGGUGCCGGGACAAACUUGUUGAACCCUAAUGCGACGGCUGGCUGUGAGGUUUGUCAGUACAGAACCGGUGCUGAUUAUUUGGCCACGUUGAAUUUGACGGAGAAGUAUUUCGGUUGGAGAGACGCUGGUAUUGUGGCUUUGUUUGUGUUUAGUGGGUAUGGCUUGGUGUACUUGUUGAUGAAGUUGAGGACGAAAAAGUCAAAGACUGCCGAGUGAAAUUGCGCAAGGUGAUGGAGUGGGAGAAGAGGGUUUCGGACAGGACGUCCGAUGUUGAGGUGGUGGGGUCGGAUAGGCGGUUGAGAGUAAUGGCAGCACUGUGGGGAUAUAAAUAGAAGGGGUAUGGAAUAGAGGCGUCAUCAGGUGUACAGUUUAUCAAUGGAC